AUGGCCGGAAACUAUGGUCACUUCACCAACCACGGCUUCCCGAGCGGGCCGAACGAUGAACUCAAUGCACAAUUGCUUGCAUCUCUUGGGGUCGAAUUCUCUGUCCAACAAGAUAUCAUCCAGCAGAGUUCUGAGCCCGGCGACUCUGGAAGUCGUGACCAAUCGUUCCCCUCGUCACCUUCACCCCGCGCUGCACUGCCUCAGCCUUAUGCACACCAACUGCACCCCUCCUCCUUCCACCCCUCACACACCAUCGUCCCACAGUCAAACGGCUCACCCGUGAGUCCUCUGCAAUACGGCAAUUUGGCCUCUGGCGCUCCAGAGACGACUCCGCCUUAUGAGUCAGAUACCAGUUUUGGAGGCGUGCCAAUGUCAGCUUCUGAUGGCCCAUAUGGGUUUGACCUCAAUGCAAGCCCCAGUCUGCCUGCUAUUGGAAAAAUUCUGGAUUAA